CCCUCCUCCCCCUCCCCCCCUCGCCUCACCCUUCCCAUCCCCCUCCCCCCCCACCCGCCACUCUCCACCCUCCCCCAUCCUCCCCCUGCCGUCUGCCACCCUCAUGACCAUCAGGAUCGAUCACCCCAAGUACCUCGAGGCCAAGCGCAUGCUUGAGCCGCGCUUUUUCGGCAUGAUCAGCCCAAGCGCCGAUCGAUACGAGGAGGCAGCCGAGCUUUUCAAUCGCACCGCCAACGACUUCCGCAAGCAGAGCAAGCUUGAGGAGGCCGCCCAGUGCUUCCGCGAUGCGGCCACUGCCUUCAAGAUGGCCGGCUCGGAGUUCGAGGUGUCUGUCGCCAUGACCAACGCCGCCAACGCCUAUCGUCAGAUGGCCUCCCAUGAUGCCAAUAUGGCCCGCCAGAUGGUGGACUGCCUGGAGAACGCCUCGGCCAUCCUUCUGGAUAUGGGUCGCUUCUCCAUGGCUGCGCGCCACAAGAAGGACAUCGCCGAGGCCCACGAGAACAUUCUCAAUGCCCCGAGGCCCGCCAUUGAGGCAUACCAAAAGGCUGCCGAGUGGUACCGCAUGGACAACAGCAAGCAUACGGCUCUCAGCUGCCUGGCCAAGUGUGCGACCCUGCACGCCACUCUGCGGGAGUUCCCCCAGUCGAUCGCUUGCUUCGAGGAGCUCAUUGAUAGCCACAACUCCGACAACUCCGGGCGGCUGACCUGCCGUCAGUACUACACCCCGCUGGUGAUUGUCAUGAUUGUUGAGGCCCUCACCAACCCGGCCAAGGCCAACCACGAUCCGACUGAGGCUGCCCGCGAGAAGCUGGACUACUUCAACUCGAUUGACAGCAGCUUCAAUCGCACUCGCGAGAACCAGCUCCUAAACGACCUCCUCGAGGCCAUUGACAACCGCAGUCGCGAUGAGCUGGCUACGGCCGUGGCGGAGUACAUGCGCAUGGCGUCCUUGGACAACUGGACCACAGACCUGCUGCUGCUUGCGAAGAACAGCCUCCCAGAGGAUGCUGUCGGUGGCUCCAAGGGCGACUUCGACGGAAUCCUGUAAGAAGCCGGCGUUCCUCUCGGCCGCACUGGACCCCCUCCUCUUUGUUCCCGACCGCCCCUGGUCUGCUGAUCGCACCUGCGUGUUUGGGAAGGAAGGGGGUACUCCUCGUUGUUCUCUCUCCUCCACACACGCUCUCAUACACACACACACACACACACA